AUGAAGUUUGAAAGACUUUCCCAUGAUAGAAAAUUGGGCAUAUGCAGGAAAUACUUUAUGGCUGGAUUUGCGCUUUUGCCCUUUAUGUGGGCUGUGAAUGCCAUUUGGUUCCUGAAGGAGGCAUUUUGUGCAACACCUUAUCCUGAGCAGAAGCAGAUUCGAACCUAUGUCAUAGUCUCUGGUAUCGGGGCCAUUGUAUGGCUCGUUGGAAUUAAUAUCUUGGGUGAUAAUUUUCCAACAGAACCGCAGCAAGUGGGGGGCAAUGGCUGA